AUGGCUAGGUGCAAUAAGCCACAUGAGAAUGAUCAAGCUUCGAUCAAAUACAGGGGGUAUAAAAUUGGUCUGGCAUCCUCUCCCCACACAGUUUCUCGCAAAAGUAAUAAUCAAGGGAGUAUAAAAUUGCAGAACAAGUCGCCUGAGAUAUUGAGCACUACUGAGCUCAUCUCAGCAGUUGGCCAGAUAUGGGAUUAUGCAAGCCGUCCUCUUGGAUUAUUUCAACCCAAGGUAAAUUCAGAGGAGAUUCAAAGUAGUCGUCGGAAACAGAUUAUCUUGUCCGGUCUGGAUGGGGAAGCUCUUUCAGAGGAUAGUGGUAAUUUGACUUUUAACUUAAGGGAUUCUGAUAAGAUUCCAACGAUAUCACAACCACGUAUAGAUUUAAAGCAGGUUAGCCAAAAUAUGUCAGUAUUUGGCCAUUGCAGUAAAAGUUUCUAUCAGGCUUCAUUUUGGAGGUUAUUGUAUGGUGGUACUGAUGUGCCUAAAGAUUCUUCGAAAGGAAAUGGAACUGCAAGUUUCGAAGUCUCAUACCAAUUGGGAAGCAUGUAUGGAUGGAUGAAUGAUGUGAUUUCUUCUGGGGCAAACCGCCCGGUCAAAGUUUCGGAGAGUGAGAACAGAACUGACCAAUGUUGCAGUCCAGUAGAUACUAACGCUGUUGCAGGAGGCUCUAUUACAGGAGAAACAAGUAGACUUGUAGAUGACUUGGCCAGAAAUGCUGUGUCUAACCCUGCUCCAGUCAAAUCUAGUAACUUAUCUAAGGAUGAUGAUGAAAAGUCAGAGAUUAGUACAAGAGCAUCUUUGUGUUCAGACUAUUUUCUUGUAGCUGGUGAGGCAGAUGACAUUAUUUCAAGGGCCCCAUGUUCUAGUCUUCUUGCAGAUUAUCAUAUAGACUCGUCAACUUCCUGUGGUAAUGGAUUGGAAGAAUGUCUUCAUAAGAUAGAUGAUCAUGACCUAGUUGACAACAAAAAGAAACAGCCAGAAAACUUCGUUAUAACGGAUGGAUGCAAGGCACAGCCCUGUGCAUUAGCACACGAUAAGCUUCAUACUCUUGCUAAACAAGAGCAUGCCUUUGCAGGUGCAUUGUCCGGAGUUUUUGUUAGCAUUUGUCUUCAUCCCGUUGAUACAAUCAAGACAGUAAUUCAAUCUUGCCGGGCAGAGCAAAAAUCUAUAUGGUUCAUUGGAAAAUCAAUUGUGUCUGAUAGAGGCUUAACUGGACUCUAUCGUGGUAUUGCUACCAACGUUGCAUCUUCAGCUCCAAUUUCUUCCAUUUACACUUUCACAUAUGAAUCAGUUAAAGGAUCUUUGCUUCCUUUAUUUCCGAAGGAGUAUUAUUCUGUUGCCCAUUGUGUGGCAGGCGGUUGUGCAAGCAUUGCCACUUCCUUUAUCUUUACUCCGAGUGAACGUAUAAAGCAGCAGAUGCAAGUUGGUUCAAAGUAUCACAACUGCUGGAAUGCUUUGGUUGGCAUCAUUCAGAAGGGCGGUUUCACUUCAUUAUAUGCUGGAUGGGGAGCUGUACUCUGCAGGAAUGUUCCACACUCAAUUGUUAAGUUCUACACAUAUGAAAGGUUGAAGAAAUUGAUGUCAUCUUCUGAAGAAUCUAGAAAUCACCCCAGCACAUUACAAACACUAGUUUGUGGAGGACUGGCUGGAUCUACUGCUGCAUUAUUCACAACUCCUUUUGAUGUUGUGAAAACGAGAUUGCAGACGCAGAUUCCAGGGUCUGUGAGCCAGUAUAACAGUGUGAUUCACGCCCUUCAGGAAAUAGAAAAUAAAGAAGGUCUAAAAGGCCUAUACAGGGGAUUGACCCCACGAUUGGUUAUGUAUAUGUCGCAAGGAGCCCUCUUCUUUGCAUCAUAUGAAUUUUUCAAGAAAUCUUUUUCUUUGGCAAGGCAACAACCUAAUGCUCAAAGAAUCCAAUACGAACGAAACAUGGAAGAUGAUCCAGUAACACCCUCAACAUUCCAGCCACCAUCGCCAACACCAGCAAGACUGCACAGUCUACAAUCAUGA